AUGGCGGUGCUGGCUUCCAACCCCAACAACCCCGUAGUCUUCUUCGAUGUCACCAUCGGCGGGCAGGAGGUGGGCCGCAUGAAGGUGGAGCUCUUCGCCGACGUGGUGCCCAAGACGGCCGAGAACUUCAGGCAAUUUUGCACGGGGGAAUUCAGGAAAGACGGUGUUCCCAUCGGUUACAAAGGCAGCACUUUUCACAGGGUUAUAAAGGACUUCAUGAUCCAAGGAGGCGAUUUUGUAAACGGAGAUGGCACUGGAGUGGCCAGCAUCUAUCGGGGACCCUUUGCCGAUGAGAACUUCAAGUUGAAGCACUCGGCGCCCGGCUUGCUCUCCAUGGCCAACAGCGGCCCCAGCACCAACGGCUGCCAGUUCUUCAUCACCUGCUCCAAGUGCGACUGGCGAGGGAAACACGUGGUUUUCGGUAAAAUAAUUGAUGGGCUUCUAGUCAUGAGGAAAAUAGAGAACGUGCCCACCGGCCCGAAUAACAAACCGAAACUCCCCGUGGUGAUUGCCCAGUGUGGAGAGAUGUAGGUAGGUGCUACCAUAGUUUCUGCAACCAAAGCGGCCUCUAAAAGGCUCCCUGGGAAGCGGGGGUGGGGGGGGGAGGUAACAUCAUCAGUGUUAAUGGCUGGCUGGGGAAUUCUAAGAACUCGAGUCCUCCGCGGGUCUUAAAAGUUGCCAAGGUUGGACCACCCUGGUCUACGCAGAGCAUUUCCAGGCGUCUGCGGUGCAGGUCCAAACUGUAGCCAUCUUUCUUGCCCCUGGCGUGGAGGACUGGCAGCCCAUGUGGCCUCUCAGCCGCAGGGAGCUGCUGGAGGAGGAUUCGAACGUGGAACCGCACGUACGGAGCAAAGCAUGCAGUUUCCUUGUUGCUUUAACUUGGCACAAAGUUCUCGCUCUCCAGAAGCGGGUCUGUGCCUGGGAGCCUCUCCUCCUCCCCAUCGAGCGUGUCGCCACUUAGGAGGCUGCCAAUGCCAGAUUCUGCGUCGGCUUCAAAUCUGGAGAAAGUCCAGCCCUGGAGGCUUUAACGGUUUGCCUCUUUCCUGAUUCCAGGUUCGUUUUUCUUUGUCCAGGAUGCCAAGCAGUUCCUGGCCGCUCAUCCUUCCUCCACAUUCCACGUCGUCUGUCCCCCCCACCCUUUUGUAAAUAAAGAGAUUUUCUUAAAAUGUC